AUGCGAGCGCUUUUUUCGGCGGCGAAGCUGGUGCUCACAGACGUGCGGAAGAGUCUCUCCCCCACCAUGCUCGAAAUGCUGAUGUGUCUGCAGUACAACCGCGACUUGUGGGACGUCAACACGGUGGAGCAGGUUCGUGCACGAAUUGGCAGUAAUUAA